UGGCAUACAGCCCUAAGGUGAAUAGUUAGUUAGGCUUUUAUUCAGCCAUUUUGACACUUAAAUUCAUCAAUUCCACAACACAUUUGCCCCUCGGCGCCCGUGUUCAGUGGAUUGCUACGCGACCAUGUGAUGGAAAGGGAGCGUGAGAGAAAAAAAAAGAAAAAAAGAGGCACUCGUUUCAUUGAGCCCGAGAGCCCGCCGUCGCAUCCGAGCCGCUCACUCAGUCUCCCCCGCCAGCCUCCGACUCGAGCAGCCUCCGUGAAAAGCUACAAGGAGGGGAGGGAAAAUCAAGCAUCGGCCAUGGCACCUGCGAAGCCGGGGCCGAGCCCGCUCCCGCCACUGCUGCUCUCGGGGCUCUUUCUGGCAGUCUUGACGGGAAACGCGCGGUGUCUUCACGGCGACGAGGACCAGAACCAGGACGCCGAAUGCAAGACGAAGAGCGUUACCGUCUCGGCGCUGCCCUUUUUAAGGGAAAACGACUUGAGCAUCAUGCACAGCCCGUCGGCCUCCGAGCCCAAGCUUCUCUUCUCGGUUCGAAACGAUUUCCCGGGAGACGUCGUGGUGGUGGACGACUUAGAAAACACCGAGCUUCCAUUUUUCGUCCUCGAGAUUUCCGGGAACUCGGAGGACAUCCCUUUGGUGCGAUGGAGGCAGCAGUGGCUGGAGAACGGAACUUUGCUCUUUCACAUUCACCACCAGGAUGGCAGCCUAAGCCUCCCUGAACCAACGGACGAUCCAGCCAACACUUCUGCCAAGGAGGAGCUCCGCAUCCUGCAUAUCUCAGUCAUGGGUGGGAUGAUUGCCCUUCUGCUGUCCAUCCUGUGUCUGGUCCUCAUCCUCUACACCCGCCGACGCUGGUGCAAACGCCGCCGGAUCCCCCAGCCUCAGAAGAGCGCCAGUGCCGAGGCGGCCAAUGAGAUCCAUUACAUCCCCUCGGUGCUGAUGGGAGGCCAGGCCCGAGAGAGCUUAAGGAACUCCCGGGGCCAGGGGCCAAACUCCAGCGGGACCCUCAGUAUCCGAGAGACUCCAAUUCUGGAUGGGUACAAGUACGAGUAUGACAUCACGGACCUGCGUCACCAUCUGCAGCGAGAGUGCAUGAAUGGAGGUGAGGAAUUUGCAAGUCAAGUCGGCCGCACCCUGGAUUCCCUGCAGGGCUGCAAUGACAAGAAUAAUAUGGACCUGACUCCGGUGAGCGAUAACAAGCUGGCCCUAAUGAACAAAUAUAAAGACAAUAUCAUUGCCACCAGUCCAAUCGACAGCAACCACCAGCAGAACACCUUGCUUCCACACAACACCUCAACCAGCCAGCGCAAACGUCUCUCCAGCAACAAUCGCACUGGUUCAAAUUUCUUGAACCCAGACGGAGACUCUGGCACUGAGGCCGACAGCGAGCCUCAGCUGGCUUUUUACACUGACCCAAACCGCAGUCGACGCCGGAGUCGAGGUAUGAGAAAUGGUAACGCCAACAGCGCGUGGGGCUCAGGGGCAGGUUCCCCGAGGAGCCCCGUCAAUAAGACCACACUGACUCUCAUCAGUGUCAUCAGCUGCGUGAUGAGCCUAGUAUACUGCUCUCACAUUUCCUGCAGCCUCUCGGUGCGUGUCAUCCUCCAUGUGCCGGAGCACCUGAUUGCUGACGGGUCACGGUUUAUUUUGCUGCAGGGAAGUCAAUUAGACGCCUCCGACUGGCUGAACCCGGCGCAGAUCUUGCUGUACUACCAGCAGAAUGCCAGUGGGCCGUGGGUGAAUGAACUGUGUGGGCGACGCCUGCUGGACCCCUGUGAGCACCAGUGUGAUCAAGAAACAGGAGAAUGCAUUUGCCUUAAUGGCUACAUGAAGGACCCAGUCCACAAGCACCUCUGCAUCCGCAGUGAGUGGGGGCCCAAUCAGGGGCCUUGGCCUUACACCAUCUUCCAGCGUGGAUUUGAUCUUGUGAUGGGAGAACAACCCUCUGAUCGCAUUUUCAGAUUCACAUACACCUUAGGAGAAGGGAUGUGGCUGCCGUUGAGUAAAAGCUUUGUCAUCCCCCCUGCCGAGCUCGCCAUCAACCCCUCUGCUAAAUGCAAGACUGACAUGACGGUCAUGGAGGACGCCGUCGACGUGAGAGAAGAAUUGAUGAUCAGCUCGUCCUUUGACUCUUUGGAGGUUCUCCUCGACUCAUUUGGACCCGUCAGAGACUGCAGCAAAGACAACGGAGGCUGCAGCCGCAAUUUCCGCUGCAUCUCUGACAGAAAACUGGACUCCAGCGGAUGCGUGUGCCCCCCAGGGUUGAGUCCGAUGAAGGAUGGGAGCGGUUGCUAUGACCACCACAUUGGCAUCGAUUGCUCUGAUGGGUUCAAUGGCGGUUGUGAGCAACUGUGUCUCCAGCAACUGGCGCCUCUGGAAGAUGAUCCAACUCUUUACAACAUUCAGAUGUUCUGUGGCUGUAUUGAAGACUAUAAGCGGGGGCCGGAUGGGAGAGCAUGCCUGCCGUUAUCUGAUGCCUGCUCGGACGCGGUAGAAUGUGGGGAAGCCACAGACAUUCCAGCGAACCAGACUGUGUUUGGAGACCUUUUUUAUGGCUACAACAAUCACACCAAAGAGAGCACCUCUGGACAAAUCCUCAAGGCCACGUUCAGACAAAAAAACUUUGCUCGAGGUAUUGAGCAGCAGCUUCCAGAUGGCAUGGUGGUGGCAUCUGUGCCAACAGAAGUUCAGUGUCACGAGCAACUUUUAGACCCUGCGCCCGACCCAGAAUACCUCACAGGCAUGGUGAACUACAGCGAAGUGUCGGGCUACCCGCUUGUGCAACGGUGGAGUCUUCGCUCGGUGCUCUACCACGUCAAGCUCAACCAGUGGGUCUUAUCUCAAGCCUUCAGCUCAGCCAUCCAUUCGCUGGACGGGGCGACGCAGCGAAGCGACUUUGUGUCCAUCCUCAAGGAAUUUGGGAACCAUUAUGUCCAGGAGGCCAUGUACGGCUUCCAAGAGUCCUGCACCAUUUGGUACCCCAACAAACAGGUUCAGAGACAACUGUGGCUCGAGUACCAGGACAUCAGCAAAGGUAACUCGCCUUCCGAGGAAUCCGAGGAGCAUGACAAGGAGCCUCGGACGUUGACCUACCCCGCCUACAUCGCCAGCUUGUUGGACGCGGGAGCCAAGCGGAUGGCAGCCGGCGUGCGCAUGGACUGCACCAGCCAGGGCCAGUGCCCUCGCUCCUGCCACCUCUGCCAUAUGAGUCCAAGGGCAGCUCAAGGGCGACAGCAGUCCGAGCCCGUCCUCUUGCAAAUCACCAAGGCGGCGCCCGUCUAUGAAUUGGUGUCCAAUAACGAGACAUACCAGGCCCUUCAAGAGGCAAUGAUGAGCACGCUGUGGUGCUCGGGGAGCGGCGACGUGAUUGACGACUGGUGUCGCUGUGAUUCCAGUGCCUUUGGCGCCGACGGACUCCCGACAUGUGCGCCUCUGCCACAACCAAUGCUGAAACUGUCUUUCACUCAUGAGCCGAGUAGCUCCUUGCUCAUCAUGGAAUGGAACCACACGGAGCCGCCCAUCGGCGUGCGGAUCAUCGAUUACCUCAUCAGCCAGGAGAAGGUGACCGAGAGGACUGACCACUCCAAAGUUGAGACAGAAAUGCUUCUGAGCUUCGUGGAUGAUGUCUUGUCUGGCGCCAGGUCCCCGUGUGUGAUGUUAGGGGACAUUCCAAACCUGUUGUCCUCCUCUGUCAGCAUGAUCGUCCGCUGUCUGGAGCCUGACACCACGUAUAUGUUCCGGCUUUGGGCGGUGGACAACACCGGGCGUCGUUCCAGUCCAAGUGAGGUGACGAUUAAAACGCCCUGCCCGACUGUGGAUGACGUCAAAGCUCAAGAAAUCGCCGAUAAAAUCUACAACCUGUUCAACGGCUACACCAGCGGCAAGGAGCAGCAGACGGCGUAUAAUACUCUGAUGGACCUGGGCGCCCCGGCGCUACAUCGAGUUCUCUACCACUACAACCAGCGCUACGAGAGCUUCGGGGAGUUUACCUGGAGGUGUGAGGACGAGCUUGGACCCAGGAAGGCCGGUCUGAUCCUCUCCCAGUUAAACGAAGUGUCUCCGUGGUGCAAGGGCCUUCUACGGGAGCCCAAGAUCGGCCUUCGCCGGAUGUCUCUCAAGUUCCUGUCCUGUCGCUACACGGACGCCGGGGCCAUUGGAAUGAAUUGGGCGGACGUGGGCCAGGACGUUCACAAGGCAUGUGAUGAGCAGAUGCUCACCGUCUUGUAUAAUGACUACGGUGAGCCCAAGGAGAUCUAAUUAUCGCCGACCCGACCCGACCCGCGGUAUCAAGUCCGGCUAGAUCGAACAAAAGGCCGUUUUACAUCCAUUCGUGUGUGCGCGUUUCAAAACAUCAAAGCGGGCUCUUUCUUGACCCCCAUCGUCAACCGUCUUUUACGUCAUAUCACCAAAUGGAGCCUUGCCACUUCAUCGCUCAUCAGAAAGAGGUCAUGUGUGUGUGUGUGCUGCCAUUGUUAAAAGAUCCCGUAUGUUUUCGAGCUGUACAACAAAGUCACGCUCCACACAGAAGUGAACCUCGGCUCGUAUCAUUUUCGUCAAGGAAAUACGAUAAGAGUGCCGUUGAGCAAAUCUGCUCUUGAAGCAGUUGGAGGUUGAGCAUCACGAAAUGGUGCUAUUGUCUCUGCGUCUGGCAUGAUGAUGAUUCAUUUUUAUCGGAAUUUAAAGUUUUUUUGUUUUUUUUUAAUAACCUCCAUUGUCCCGUUAUUGUGUAUAAUUGAUCAUUUGGGUUGGAAAGACCCAAGAUUCUCUUUUUCAAGCUAUUCUACUUGUUCAAAAACAAUCAUGGCAGAAGCAGGUUGUGACAAAUGACGACGCAACCAUUACACGGUACGAGACAUACGAAGCACGCCUGCGUUUUGCCGACAGGAACGGCGAGCUUCGCCAUUUCAUCCUUUGUCACUUUCUGAAUGAUAAAUAUUGUCGAUUCGUCGUCGUUGAACGCAAUAUACUCUAUGUAUGCUUGCUGUCGUCGUGUGGCUGGCCUGCUUCAACAUCCGCUAUUUUUAGCCCCCCCCGUCAACGCUUAUGCUGAUGAUCCUGAUGGUGAUGAUUGAAGUCAUUCAUUCCACAACUCCCCUGAGGUUGGCAGGCGAUGCAAAGUUUUAGCCUCGCGUCCGACGCAGUUAGCCGUUGCGUUAUUUUUUCAGAUACACCCAGCGACAGCAAACGCGCCGAAACAAAAGGAAGCUGAAAGUUUAAAAAUUGAAGAAAAAAAAAGUUACACCGUGAAAGCUAAAAUGUGACUGGAACAGCUUGUUCUCUGUAGGCUGUCGACAAUUCCGAAUAAUUGCCAUAAUUGUCACUUGUGCUUGUUGGCAGGUGUAAAAUGCCAGUAUGGAAAGGUACAUUUGCAGUUGUGACAAGGGGGGGCGGGGGCGGGGGGAUAAAAAAAAUCUGCCACGUUACUUACUCGCUUGAACAAUGUUCAUGUAGAAUUUUAGAGCCAAGUUGCUGAAUGUCGAAUUUUCUGGUUAGUCAUUUCGAAUGACAUUAUAACCCGAGUCUGUGAUCAUACUUUGGCAAAGUAGUUUUGUUCUCGUUUUGAUGCUCCUGUGACUAAAAUAGAAACUCGUGAGUGUAAAUGUGGUCAUUUGCAAAUUUAUUUGAAUUAAAUGUUUUUUUGAUUGAA